AUGAUGGAGGCGGUGGAGAACGGGGGGGUGACGGAGGCGGGCGGGCCGGCACACGACGGGGGCGGGGUGGCCUCCGGCGAGCUGGCCGGCGCCGACGGCCAGGCCACCGUGGAGCAGUGGCAGGCCGCGCUGCAGGAGCUGUGCAAGAGCGCACAGGCGUCUGGCCAGCCGCAGGCUUACUUCGCCGGCGCAGCUGCCGGCGCGCAGGGCUACGGGCUGUGGGGUGCGCAGCCGCUGCUGGCCGCCUACGGCGCGAUCCCCUUCUUCAGCGGCGUCUUCCCGGGGUCCUACUCGCUGCCGCAGGCUUCCGUGCCGCCGUCGCCGCCCGAGCCCGCCGACGAAGCGGGCGAGGAGUCGGGCGGCGCGACAUCGGAGACGCGGCCGCCGGCACGGCCGGCCAAGCGGGCCAGGACGAGGGGCGGGGCCCGCCAUCAGGAGGACGGCACGGGCGGCGGCGGCGCCGAGGGCCCGAGGGCGUCAUCGCCCAGGGGCGGUGCCGGGCCGGGCAGGCCCGGCGGCAGGGGCUCGCAGGUCGUCCCCGGCAAGGGGGGGCUGUCGAUAGACGCCUUGGCGGCCGCCGCCCGCGCCGCCGCGCGCUCCUCCGCCACGUCCUCCUCCGACUUCUGGCGCAACGCCGACGGCAGCGUGGAGCUGCAGAAGGAUGACAAGGAGCUGAAGAGGCAGCGUCGCAAGCAGUCCAAUCGCGAGUCUGCGCGCCGCUCCCGGCUGCGCAAGCAGCAGGAGUGCGAGAACCUGCACGGCCAGGUCAGGGAGCUCAGCGACGAGAACGUGGCGCUGAGAAGGGAGGUGCGCGAGCUGCAGGAGCUGCUGGAACAAAUGAGGAAACAGGGCAGGAAGGAGAAGAUGGAUGAGGAAUCCAUGGCACAGGAUGUGGAGUGA